UCUCUGGGCUGCUGGCUCUGCCCUCCCAUGGGAAGGCAAAGCAGGCAAGGGAGGGGAGAGUGGAGGGAGGCUUCAGGUGUGUCUGACAAGGAAGCAGGUACGCCUGGUGGCCGCAUUGGGCAUUCCAGAGGCAUCCGGAUGUGCUAGCGCCAAGCCUGCAGCCUGGAAGCCUCGUGCUCUGCCCAAAUUUCUUCAGGUUUCUCUUAGGACUGGAGCCCAGAACCCACUGGCAGCUGUCACAGAACUGGAUCCGUCCCCCAGUGGAACAGGGAGCUGUGUCACUUAGAAUUCCUGGGUAGCACAUUCCUUCACUGGUCCUUGUCACACUCAUGGAUGAGGCUCUGUAAUUGGCCCCUCGCUCCUGCAAGCUUCUGCAGAUCCAGAGAGCAAGCGGCAGCAGGAAUGACAGCUCUGAGAGCAGAGGCAGCCAGGGACAGUAAGGGCAAACGAGUCGGGUCCCGGGGGUUGCGGGGGCUGGCCCCAUGUGCAGAUUCAGAUGAGGUGGGGCUUGCACUCAGGGUUUGCUAGGGUUCUUUUUUGGAACCUGGGCUGCUAGACCUGACAGGAGCGCUGAGCAAGGGGGAGGGGAUAGAGAGGGAGGAAGGGAGCGAGGGAGGAGAGAGAGAGAGAGAGAGAGAGACAGAGAGAGAGAGAGAGAGAGAGAGAGAGAGAGAGAGAGAGAGAGAGAGAGAGAGAGAGAGAGAGAGAGAGAGAGAGAGAGAGCGCCCUAGCAGGUUCUAGUCCAAGUGAGAGGUUCAGAUCUGGACAAUACUGUGCCAAGGGCACAAGUGGGAUUUCGAAGAGCCAUGUGUGUAAGAAGCAAAGCUGAGGUGAUGUAAGCACCUGGGGAGGAGCACAGGUCGAGGAGGAGGAAGAGGAGGAGGAGAAGGAGGGGGAGGAGGAGGAGGAGGAGGAGGAGGCGGUGGCGCGGCGGCCGCGGUGGCUGCCAGUCCAGAACAGAAUGAUGGGCAACUCUCACCACAAGCAACCGAGGAGUAAGAGCCAAAGCAGCAGGAUGCAUUCAGCAACAGGGCAGCAGUUUGAUAGACAUGCAAGUUUUCGACACUCGUUGUUUAACACAGAGACAGCCGUGAACCCCAAGUCCACCCUGAGGCGGAGGCGGACCAUUAUUGGAUUCUCUAACUUUUCCCAGCGAGACCCAGGUCACAGCAACAGCCCAGCAGGCAGCCUGGCCUGCUCUGCCACCUCAGACAUCAGGCCCGGCCACUCCGCUCCACAAGUUGUUCAGGGAAGAGUUGCUAUUGGGCAGGAAGCUCGCUUUCCAAGUCUCACCUCGCCAGGACUGAGACACUCUUCUAGUGAUCCUGCAGACCCUCACCAGGCACGUGGUGGCCCAGACCCUCCUGGCAUGGAGAGCAUGGCAGUGGUGUACAGUGUCCCCGGUUCUUGCAAUGGACCGACAGAGUCAACGUUCUCCGCUUCCUGGAAGGGAGAAGCUUUCACGUACAUGACUCCAAGUGCCAGCAGCCAGGGCAAUCAAGUCAGUGAAAAUGGAAAAAAUCCUUCCUCUGGAAAUUCCUGGGUGUCUCUGAACACACUCCCACCUCUGGUCCCUAAGGAGGCGGCUACCCUCUUUGUCACCCGGGAUAACCCAGCAGGAUGCACUGGGCUACCCAGAUACUCUGAGCACCUCACUCAGCGAAGGCAGAUACCAGAAAGACCUCCCAAGAUUGGCCUUCUGGCCCGUGGUACCUCAAGACUGGAAACAGGCCCAGGCGGGAGCAACAGAUUCCGGGAGCGGUCCCUAUCUGUGCCCACAGAUGCCGGUGUCACCUCAGUGGACUAUGAUGAAGAACAGAAGGCUGGUGAGGCCUGCAUCCUGCCUUAUGCCAGUACAAGCUCUGAAGGUAGCAACAGUACUGAUAACAUUGCGGCCCUCAGCACCGAGCAAGAGGCGCGACACAGAAGGCAAAGAUCCAAAAGUAUUUCCCUCAAGAAGGCUAAAAAGAAGCCCUCCCCACCCAUGCGCAGUGUCUCACUAGUCAAAGAUGAGCCAGUCCUCCCACCAGAAGGUGAACUGGCAAUGCCCAAGGACCAGAGGCCCAGGAGCCUUUGCCUCUCCUUGGAACACCAAGGGCACCAUUCAGCUCAGCCCGAUGCUCAAGGUCACUCUCAAAGCUCUGUGGCAACUCUCAAAGAUUCGGAAGGUCCACAGUUCUCUCACCACUGGUAUCUCACUGACUGGAAGUCUGGUGACACCUACCAAUCCUUGUCCAGCUCCAGCACUGCCACUGGUACCACAGUCAUUGAGUGCACUCAAGUUCAGGGAAGCUCAGAGUCUCUGGCCUCCCCUUCCACCUCCAGAGCGACAACACCCUCCCAGCUCUCCAUUGAGGUGGAAGCCAGGGAAGUAGCCUCCCCUGGGAGGCCCACUGGACUGAUGUCGCCUUCCAGUGGAUACUCCAGCCAGUCAGAGACACCCACGCCCACUGUCUCCAUGUCCUUGACCCUGGGCCACUUACCCCCUCCAAGCACCAGUGUCCGAGUACGUCCAGUGGUGCCAGAAAGGAAGUCAUCACUGCCUCCAACAUCACCAAUGGAAAAAAUCUGCAAGUCACGGUUAUCAUUUGACCUACCACUGACCUCUUCAACUACCCUGGAUCUGUCGGGGAUGAGUAUCUCCAUCCGCAGCAAAACCAAGGUGAGCCGCCAUCACUCUGAUACCAAUUUUGGGGCCAAACUGGCACAGAAAACCAGUCCAAACCAGCCAAUCAUGCCCAUGGUCACUCAGUCUGACCUCCGUUCUGUUCGCCUGAGGUCCGUCAGCAAGUCUGAGCCAGAAGAUGAUAUUGAGAGCCCGGAUUACACUGAGGAGCCUGGAGCAGAAGAAGUCUUCACCUUGCCAGAGAGAAAAGUGAAACCUCCCAUAGCCGAGAAACCUCCACUGGCCCGAAGACCUCCAAGUUUGAUUCACAGGCCGCCCUCUCUCCCCGGGGAGCAUCCACUAACGUCUCCUACUGUGGCUAUGACACCCAGGAGCUCCAUUCCACACAUGAAGCAGCUCCCCCAAGACAGCUACACAGUGUUGCGGAAACCAAAGUCACCCAGCUUCCCCAGCGGCAGGAGCCCGGGGGAGUCAACAGCGCCCUCCACCGUUGUGUGCACACCUCUUGCCGGUUCCUCUGGUGCUUUCUUCUCAGGAACACAGCAACCUCCCCAGGCCAGUGUAGAAGAUGGGGGCGCCAAGGUGAGAGCCCUGCCUGAAAGAAUCAGCCUCCAGAGCCAGGAAGAAGCUGAGAAAAAGAUCAGCAAGAUUCCACCUCCGGUACCAAAAAAGCCCAGUGUGCUCUACCUGCCUCUCACCUCGCCUGUAGCUCAAACGGAUGCCUGCAUGGCAGAACCAAGGCUACCUUUCAGCCCCAUCAUCACCCUGGAGGAAGAUGCCAAGUGUCCCUCCACUGGUGAUGACUUGAAGUCACCUGGUAAACAUAUGACUUCGGCUCCUCCCGUUGACAGUCAAAAGGAGGCCAUCUCUCCAGGGAGGCCUGUAGAACCAAGCACCGAGGAGAAAAGUUUAAUCAGUGAUAAAACAGCCGAAUGGAUCUCGGAGGAGGAUGAUGACGUGUUUGUGGCUUCUCGCACAACUGAAGAUUUGUUUACUGUGAUCCACAGAUCCAAAAGAAAGCUACUCGGCUGGAAAGAGCCUGGGGAGGCCUUCCCAGGCAGCAGACCCAGCUCCCAUUCGCCAGUGAAGAACACAGCUGAUUCUCCCACCGGUGAGUCAGCUGCUGCCACAGGGCCAAGUGGCAGUGCGAGCCUAGAUGCUGGCAGAAAUGAUGAUUUCAAGGCCUUGCUCCAGAAGAAGGGAAGUAAGGCAACUCCCAGGACCCGCCCCUCGGCGGCCGAGCUGCUGAAGACCACUAACCCUCUGGCUCGAAGAAUCAUUGCACAGUUCUCAAAAGACUAUGACCCCACUGACAACCCCAGUACCUAAGCCCUGCUUCUUACUUACUAGCCCUGAGUAGAGAAGGGGGGAGAUAGAGGACUUCAGAAAGGACCCAACCACAGCAAUGACAAAAGCAUCUAUAUGUCCUUGACCUUAACUCACACUCUGGACAGCAGAGAGGCCAACGCAACACAACUGAGCUCACCGGGCACUCUGAUAGGCUUCAGACCAUCUGUGUUUCCAUGCUUCCAUCCUUACCAUGACUGAACAUUGGGGUCCUUCUUGUCAUCUCCCAGCGCUGUGCAUUAAGAAGAGAGUCUCAGAUUUGAGAGCCUGUAUGCCAUCUUUUCAAUGUCCUAGCUGUUUGGUCCAUUGGCUCCUGUCACCGAGAGGCACAGUGGGAGAACAGAUUGGGGACUUCCAAACCAGGGCUGGGGACAGAGGGUGCCAAUUCCACUGCUGAUUAUCUACUCUCCUGGGGUGGCCUUGAUGGCCCUAUGUGAAGACACAGACAGACACUGAGGCCUCCUCAACCACAGUGUGACUUCCUCCGGAGUGAGUUCUGCAGGAGGCGUGCACUCAUUUCAGCAUGGGGUUGAUUGGAUGGCUUUUGUGGUGCAAAAUAUGAAUGUGACUCCUCCAAAACUCCAUGCCUUUUUCAGUUUGAUUGUCUAUGCGGAGAUCAGGGUGAUGAGUUUUAAUAAACUUCUAGGACGACCCCCCCCCCCAUUAGCUAGAAAAGAUAGGAUUGGGUGGCUUUGGCUGAACCAAGCUCAACAAACGAAUGGGACAUUUGUUCACUCACAUCUAGCCAAGGUAACUCGCAUGUAUGUGCGCCUUGAGGUCUUUGGAAUGUCUGUCAUCGUGGGUAGCCAAGAUCUGUGCCCAGCCCAUGCUGUAUAUGCCAAGAACUCUCAUUUCGCUCCCAUGUAACAUUCACUACAGGAAGUAAUUAGGUUGAAGGUCUAGCAUCAUCAGAGGCUCGAGAAGUAGAAAGUAAGUGUACCUUGCCCCAUACCAGUUGAUUCAGAGUGUGCUUUUUGUGGUUGUUUGGGUUUUGUUUAAAGGAAAUCUGGCUCUGUUUCAAAAAUCAAGAACCUGUAGACUAAAAAAAAAGAUCUACACAAAAUCAAAAGGGCAGCCUGCUAUGGCCCAUAAUUACAAAAAGGCUACUUUUUGCCAUUUGGGUACUGCUGUUUGGCCAACUUUCAGCUAGCCAUGGGGGGGUGGGGGGGAGGAGAGCAGCUAGGAUAAAGAGCACACUGAAAGAGUUCCCAAACAAUCCCAAUUACCCCUUCCCUUCCAAAGCCAACAGGUACUGGCUGUUCUUGUCAACUUUGUAAGCAGAGCAAGCGCGCCUGAUUUCCAUCCACCUGGGUUUCUGAGGGGCUGGGGACGAGAUAAGCAGAGCACUGACCAGAGAGCCUGCUGGCCAGGGUUGGAAAGUUCAUUGUCUUCUGGUCCCAAAAGGCCAAAAGGAAAUUAACUUGUAGUGUGUUUUGCUAAAACAAAAAAAGGUCCCCUGACCCAUUCAUUCCUCCCGCACCCCCUGCCCUGACAGAUCCCUUGCUCGGUCUCCUGGAGGAAGCAGUAAGAGGUCCAGAGACAAGCAUGUCUCCAUUUUGAGAGGUCACACUCCUUACCAAUGAGAAGCAAAGUGUUAGCUCAACCACCCACACUCCAGCAAGGCAAAGUGGCUGAAAAACCUACACCGAGUCCUGAGAAGACUCAGGUCUCUGGCAUAGAAGCCCUAGGCUGAGAUCCGUGCUUGGGUUGGUCUAGUUCUGAAUUCUAGACAAAUGGAAGGAGAUCAAGCUCACCAACUCUCUUGCAACUAGCACUUCUGUCAGAUUUAGAAAGAAGCCACGGAAAUAAUAAACAGUUCGGGGAACUCUAGUUGCUUUGAAAAUGUUUAAACCAUUUGACAUGCAGAUCUUAACCAAGUUUCAUGAGUUUUGCCUGAAUUUAAACAAGAGUCGGGCAGGAGUGUGGUAUACACAGUUUUAAUCGCUGCACCUGGGAGAUGGAGACAGGCAGAUUUCUGUGAGUUUGAGGCCAGCCUGAUCUACAUAGCUAGUUGCGGGCUGCCAAGGCUACAUAGUGAGACCCUGAUUUCAGUCUUUGCCUGGUUUAUACAUAAGUAUCACACCUGACCUAACCCAGAAUUCCAAAAGACAGAGGUGUUUUCCUCUGUCGGGAAAUGAAGGAGUGGGGUGCCUUGCUUCUGUCUAUCAGAAGCAAAAGGCUCCCCGGGUCUGCUCCUCAGAACCAUUGUGAAUUGUUGAACUCUAAAGUUUGAGCGUGUGGGACUCUGUAUAGGGCUUGCUACUUUUGCUGAUUUUUUUUUUUGGAAGUGUCUUGCUUGUUCUUUCUCAUGGGUUUUGCCUCUCCCCUCACCUUGCUACCUCCAGAGGUUUCCCCAAAAGAUUGUAAACUGGAUGCUUAGACUGCUUGAGGUUAUUUCAGUUCCCUAAACGCUUGCUUUCGUCUAUACGACUCUGUAUGCCUGGGAUGUUUAGAACCUUUCCGCAUCAUAUGACCCCCAGAAGGCCAUUAGCACAAGAGGAUUUGAGGCAGCGGCUUUACAGCCAGAGGAAACACUUAGGACUGGGAGUAGUCCUUCUGUAUUUCCAGGGUUUGCAGGGAGUGGACCUAGUCCUAAACAAGCAACCAGAUUGUUAAAUAAUAAUAGUAACUACCAGUCAUUAGUUAGCACGACACCAAGCAUCUUUCUAAUACUUAACCUCUCUCCUGUCCUUAAUAUCAUAAACACCAACUCUCUCCCCUGAGUAUAAUGUGUGCUGCCCGUGAGGCUGGAGGAGAAGGGGGAAACCCCUUUCAGGGAGGUCUCAGGGAAGUUGCUACCACUCCUGUCAUGUACAGCACACAUAAGGAAAGAGAGUAGUCUCUGCAGAUGGCAUACACAGUACAUUGGAGGGAAAUGAAAUUGGCCCCAGGUGGUCAGCCUCUGCUUCAAGCUAUUCCUAUCCCCUUGUUUCUCUCCAGCUCCAGCCCUUAGUGGCAGGUGACUCUGUUAGAAUAGCUUCAGUAUAGUCAAGGGUGGGGGAGGCCCCCCCCCCAGAGGCAGUUAAUGGGUAUGUACAUGCUUUGCCCUUGGUGGGUAUAUAUUUGUGGUUCGAAUACGGAGAGCAGGUUAGUCUUAGUCCAAAGGGUGACUUGGCUUGUGCCUCCUCCCCUUUGCCUAUCGGCCUGCCUGGGCCUCCCUCCUGGCUCCAACUUGUCUUUCAGUCCUAACACCCAGGAACUGCACCCAUACCAACAGCUCAACCACAAAGGAGUCAAGGUCACAGGCAGCCAAUUCAUUCACAUUAGCCUCAUGACCACAAGGUUGAUUUGGAAAAAAAAAUGACCUUGAAUGUACAAAGAUGGGCAAGUCUCCAAGGUUUCCCCAACAAGCAUUCUGCCUGGCAUCUUUUAUCCAGACAACAGAGAUCCAGUUGUUGUCUCUGUGUAUCUGUCAACUCUCAGCAGAUCUACCCAUGCACCCCGCCCCACUCCUCACCUCUGAACCCGUCAGGAAAAAGACUAGCUAUCACUCAGUGCUCUGUUGCUCACUGUUUCUGCCCUCUAUGUUUGCACAUUGUGUCUGUGGCACAAUGGUGAGCUUUUCCUUUGAUAUGAUUUGCCAGGGCCAGGACUAGGGUGAGGCGAUUGGGGAGACGCCCACUCUCAAGGCCCCGCCAGUGCCUUACCCUUGCCAUGGCCCUGUGAUUUGCACUCUGUAAAGUAGUAUCAGUUGCUCUUCCUCUGAGUGUAGUUCUGAUGUGGGGGCAGGUUUUGCGCCAAAUGUUUUCUUGCUGUUUCUCCAUUUGUUGCUGGAAGCCUUUGUAUGCAGUAAAGAAUCUUCAGUAUUAUCACAAACAUUUUAGCUGGCAAGUUGGCACCCCGUUCAGGAGGAACACUACAGCCAGAAGACUUCAACAGGAAGUUGGAGGUCUGCCCCGUGACCCUAUGUCUGCUCUUUCUGCUCCAUUCUCCCCUGUAGUCCCUGUGGCCCAGCACCGAUUCUCCUCAGUGCCUCCUGCUUUGUUCUCCUCCUAAGAAAAAACAUGCUCUCAGGAAAGGGAUGAAUUCACUGACUUUGAGAUGGGGAGGCUUAAUGCUACCUUUUUCAAGGGUUGCUUGCAUUUUAACAGGGGAACAGCCUUAAGCCAAAGGAAUGAAGUUCUGACAGAAUGUUAGGCGUCAACUAGUUGUCCAAGUUCUUUUUCACCAUGGAAAGACCAAACGCGCUGACAGCUGACUCCAGAGUCUAGAAUACACUUCUCUCUUGGAAUCAUUGUAGUUGGUAGCUGGUGGUCAGUUAUCUACAUAACCCUGUGCUACUUUACUACCAAGGGACUCUGAGAAAAAGCUACUUAAAAGCCUCUGAGAAGGCCUAGAUCAGCAUUCACACUGUACAUUAACAUGUUUGUGUAAAUGGAAUUACUACUACUUACCACUUAGGUAAAAGACACAAAGAUUUAAGAAGUUUGUGAAAUGUGUCCUGUUUGUGCAAGGUGACCCUGUCAUGUCCGUUUCUUACUGAUGUCAGUCGUCCAAUAUCAGUGGUGGUUAUUAACCUGGGUGGAGGUAUGGUCACUAAGCACAGGCCUCCACUGCCCCCCCCCCCCCCCCCGCCAUUGGUCUCUGUUGUAUGCUGUGACUCCGGCUUGGCGUGAGAAUGAGACCUUAUCUAAAGCAGAGCCCCCAGUCCCUAAUGCCUUUGCAUGUAUUUCAGCUGUAAGUGACCAAGAUAGUAAGGUUUCAAAGGAGAAGGAAAGAGGUACAAGACAGUGCCUUUGUCAAAGGUCAGCGAACAGUAUGAUGACUUGAAAAUGACCUGAAGUCAGCGAAGUCCAAUUAUUUUAAAAUACUUUGAAAUCAGUUUAUGGAGGACUAUGGUUGUGAAUGGUGUUUGAACACACGUUGGAGGCGCUUUAAUAAGUUUAGCAAAAAGAAAUUUGCCUAAUGAAGAUUGUGUGAAGUAAAUAUAUACCUUUGUUCAAUAAAGGCCCAAAUCUAGGCCACUGGUUCUCAAAGUAUGGUCCUGGAACCACCUAGAGCAACAUAUGAGAGAGAGAGAGAGAGAGAGAGAGAGAGAGAGAGAGAGAGAGAGAGAGAGAGAGAGAGAGAGAGAGAGAGAUUACACCUUUAAGCCCCCCAAAUCACCAGAGCCACACCUCUCCAACAGGUUACCUUUCCUACCGUUAGAGUUAUCAGUCUGGCUAAGAAGUGUGUGUACCAUCUUCUCGUUCAGUUACACAUUUGUCUGGUGUUAAGAAACUGCCAGAUUGAAUCGGGCCCAUCUGGCCUGGUUUGGAUUUUUUAAAUAGUAACAACAACCAAAAAGGGGUGGUGGUGGUGGUUGUGUUUGGUGUUACCAGACCUUAAAUGGAUGUCCUCACCAGGGUGGCUGUUCUCCAGGAGGGCUCUCACAGAAACAGAUUUGCUUCUGAGGUUCUGCCUCAGGUAUGAAGUGUGGUGUUUGAUAGUAUUGACCUCCCCCUACAGGGAGACAAACCCCUGAACCAGAACAACCAGUUUUCCCUCUCAGCCUCUUUGUUAUGCUAAGCUUUAUAGAAAUUUAUUCCUUAUGUGGUCUUGAGAUUUUCUAUGUCCAAUUUUAUAAAAUGUUCUGCAUGCAAACACAGCAUUGUGGUCACUGUACCCAGUCACUUCAAAGGCAUUCCUCCUUCAUGUGUGUGCUGGUGAAGAAAUACCAACAUGUAUGUUCUGAUGUUUCCUGAUCAACUGUAAAUUACAUUUUCAUUAAUUUUUAAAUGAGAUAUAUUUACUCUGGCUAGCAGUUAAAAUUUUAUUCUUUUUAUUAUCUUUCAUUGCUACUUUUUUCUACUGACUCCAAGGCUUAUUUUGGGGGGAUUUCUUAUUUCUAGAUUGUUGUAUUUCUCUUAUUUCUAUAUUUAUCUAUAAUCACAGAGAGUAAGAGCUGAAAGGGACCAACCUCCCUCAUUUCAUACAGGAAAUGAAGGCCUAGAUGGGUCAAAUGGCUUGCCACAGGUCACACAAUGAGUCUCCCGCCUCUGGGAUGAAUGUUUUGUCAUUUAAAGCACUAUAUUUAUGAAGGACUCAUGACUGGCUUCUACUUGUCUGACUCAUUAAUUUCCCAGGUAUUUCAGUGAUUAAAAAAAAUCUAUAUGCUUUAAGGGAACAUGCGCAAGCGUUCUUCAGUUAAUGAAUCCAAAGAAAAUCUGGUUUUUAGUUUAGAAAUUCAUUUCCCUCCAUGUUUACUAUCUGUGCCCUACUUUGUACAGUGGAUGUUUUCCCUAAAAGCUAUGUGGGGGAAAAUGGAUUUAUAUAGAACAAAUUUCAUUUUUUAGUGGGAAAGCUUCCCUGUGUAAGGGAAUCUUCUAGGGGCUUUUUUGGAGAAAUUCUUGUCGUUCGUUCCUUAAGGUCUUUAAUUACUUAUUAGUGUGAAUUUUUGUACUUGCUUUUAUUUAAAGUAGGGCAAACCAGUGUUAGCUUUCAUAGAAUUUACUAGAACCUUACCUUCCUAAUCUUUUUGAGAAAUCUUCAAACUGUUAGAUGCUUAUGGGUAGCUAUUCAAUUGUAUUCUAGAAACUUCACCUGACUUGACAUUUUGCCAAUCCCUGGGCUCAAAUUCCACCUCUAUCUGAUCAGAUAAUAACAGAGUUCCCUAAUCAGUACUUAUUACUCUAUGUGGUCUCUUUUCCAGAACAUUCUUUGCCCAGUAUUCCUUAGUGUGCUCUUACUUUAGUCAUCUCAGGCCUCCUUCCGUAAAUCACGCAUACCUCACUGUCCUGUGGACUUCCGGGCACUACACCUUGAGGACUAGGCUACUCAUACUGAGCAAUAUUUCCAGUUACUUCCAUGUUCCCCUUUCUCUUGGAUCUUCUGACUUCCCUUUCUAGACUCAAAGGCUUCUCUCACCAGAAACUGGUGGGAUUUUUUCCAUCGUUUCAGGAAAUCAAUAAGCUUUUCCUACAAAGGGCCUGAGAGUAAUUGUUUUAUGCUUUGUGAGUCACAUAUGGUUUCUGUAGCAGAUUCUAUUUUUGUGACUCUGUUCAUUCACUUGUUUCUUUUUUUUUUCCCGAGACAGGGUUUCUCUGUGUAGCUUUGGUGCCUGUCCUGGAUCUUGCUCUGUAGUCCAGGCUAGCCUCGAACUCACAGAGAUCCGCCUCCUUCUGCCUCCCGAGUGCUGGGAUUAAAGGUGUGCACCACGGCUGCCCGGCCAUUCACUUGUUUUAUAACCCUUAGAACAUAGAAAACCAUUCUCAGCUCACGGGCCAGGCAAGGCUGACCCCGGAUCCACACUACCAUUUUUGGGACCAUCCCCAUGAGAAAAGUGGGUGAGGGCUGGCACGGUGGCCCAGCACCUAAGGGCACCUACCACCAAACCUGACAAUCUGAUCUAGGUUUGAGUAGACCCCACGUGGUAGAAGGAGAGAAUCAACCCCUGCAAAUUAUCCUCUGACCUCUGCACAUGUGCAUCCACAUGGGCUCACACACACAAAUAGAUAAAUGUAAUACUUUAAGAAGGUUUUCUAAGUUGAGUCUUGUACCAGAGUCUGUCAUUAACUGCCUCACAUACACCGAACCAUCAGAUCAGUUUGCUCACAUCGGGACAGGAACAGGUGGAGAGGGGCUGCAUGUGACAGUCUUCUCCGUGUCCCCCUAUCACUAAUUAUAUUGAUAUAGAACACCUUAUUUCCUUCUCUGGAGCUGUCCCAUCCAUGGUGCCUCUGUUUGCCCAAGAUUGAGGUAAGCUGGUAGGAAAGUUUACUUAGUUCUUUUGUCCUGUCCUUGCUCUCCCUGUCUUGGGCCACCUGGUCUUAUCUCACACUGCUGUCACCACUUUAGGGUACUGUCAUUCAAAAGUCUUACGGCACACACCAUAAGAUCCAGUUCAGUUUACAAUUUCCUGGAAAAAUCACCAGCUUCCUGCUUCCACGGACUGGUUUUAAAACCCAGAAUACACACUUAUCUCUGUCCUAAAGCAAUUGAGACCUAGCACUAGCCAGCACGGAACCCCAGCAAGAAACCAGUGGGGUACAGGAAGUAUCUGUGCCAGUGUCGCCUGCCUCCUGAACCCCCAUCCCCUGGAGUGCUUCACUGCACCCCUCCAACCAAUAGGCAUCCAACACACCACAUCCUGUUUGCUUCACCUCUCCCGCUACUAGGCUGCUCCCAGUCCACCCCUCACACUUUGAGGAGUUGGAGUUGAGAUUCACAGUUCUCCCACUUAACUGUGUGCGAACUGGGGUAAUAACAGCGGCUGCAAAAGUGUGCACUUGUGUGAGCGUGUUUUCCGCACCUGGCUGUGACUCACACCCGAGCGUGUGCACAACAUACAGCGCUCUUGUUGGUCCUCUGGUCCGGGACUAGGUCUAAGGAGACUGGUCAAGGAAGGGAAUGGCAGAGCAGGAGUCCUGAGGCAUCGCUCUUGUCUUCUGAGAGCCUCUUUGCAUUGGCUUGCGCCAGCUCCUCUCGCACUGAGCCAUUUAAAAGAACUCCUCUAUGCCAGGACUACUUCUUCUUCCUUCUUCUUCUUCUUCUUCUUCUUCUUCUUCUUCUUCUUCUUCUUCUUCUUCUUCUUCUUCUUCUUCUUCUUCUUCUUCUUCUUCUUCUUUUUAGUUUUUCGAGACAGGGUUUCUCUGUGUUGCUUUGCGCCUUUCCUGAAACUCGCUUUGUAGACCAGGCUGGCCUCGAACUCACAGAGAUCCGCCUGCCUCUGCCUCCCGAGUGCUGGGAUUAAAGGCGUGCACCACCACCGCCCGGCCUGCCAGGACUUCUUUUAAUGCAUGUGGACUCAAUUACCAGGACAUAAGCAUCUUUGGUCCUUUAACUUGAUUUCUGUCAUUUGAGCCCAGGGAUCCACCCAUUUCCUGAAAUCUAAAUUUUCAAACGUCAGAAUCAAGUGAUUUUCAGGGUUUCCUUUUUCAAAGCUCCCAUGAAAUGGUUCAUUUCUGCCUUCUCUUUGGGAUUUCCAGAAUUAGGAAGGAAAGGAAAGGGUUGUGCCUUGGACCCAAGAGGAACACAAGUAGUACGCAGGCUCAGAAGCAGUGAGGGCUGAGAAGUAACUGCUGUGCAGCCCCUUAGAGUUGUGUUGGGUUAGCGCCGCCGCAGUCCGCAGUCCGUGCUCCUGGGCCCAUUUGCCCUGAAGACAAUGCCAGAUGGGAGUGUACCGAGUGAUGGCCUACUGAAAGGCAGGGAUAAUGCCCGCCCCCAGGGGUGGGACUAUGUCUCGGAUUCCAAUGCCAGGAGAGGCAGUAACUAGGAGAGAUCGCAAACCUUGCCUUUGUAGGAUUCCAACACAAACCAGAAGGGAGCCGUCUGUGGGGUGAUAUUACAAAGGUAGUUUCUUGUCUUUCUUUUCCUUGAUUUUUUGUUUGGUUUUGUUUUCUUUUAAGAUUUCUUACUGGCUUGCUACCAGCAAUUGAACUGUAUUCUUUAUAGAGCUAGAGCUGUUUGUGUCUUCUUAAAAUAAACAUUUUCUGUUGAAACCCC